UAGAAGCCUAUUAAAAGACAAUGUCUAUUCCAUUCUCCAACACCACUCAACGCAUUCCUCGAGGAUUCGCAAAUCUGCUUGAAGGGCUUGCCAGAGAAGUUUUGAGGAACCAGCCGCAAGACAUACCAUCCUUCGCAGCCAAAUAUUUUGAAAAUCUCCUACUUGAAAGAGAAAAAACUGGGUAUGACCCGACGGUGUGGGGAGCAAAACUAGAGGAUAGAUACUACAACAAUCGUGCUUUCAAUGAACUUGCCCCUCCAAAAGGAGAUGGUCAAACAGAGGAUAAGAAAGAAGAAUCCGCUGAAUCAGAGGAAGCCAAGACAUCAGGCACCACUGAAGGAAAUGGUGUUAAAUUAACAGAAGAGCAAGCGGCCACAAAAAUCCAGGCCAGCUUCAGGGGAUACAAAACAAGAAAAGAAGUGAAGGACUCCAAAGAAGAAGUAGCAGGGAAAGAAGAGCCAGCAGGGAAGGAAGAGCCAACAGAGCCUGAUAAAGCAGAGCCGGAGCAGGCGCAGUAA